AUGAAGGCCGCUUCUGCGGAAAUCUCCGCUGUAGCGGGGAAUCCUCUUGACGACGCGACUGAGUAUCCUCUGGUGGAUCAGGCGCACUACCAACGAGUAGCGAGCAUGAUUGAGCAAGCCAAGGCGGAAGCCACCUUGGUCGCUGGUGGGAAUCGCCUGUUCAGCAGUGUGGGACUGCUGGCAACUGAAAUGCAGCCUAGUAUCUUUGUAGACCCCAGCCCCAGCGUAGCAAUCAAUCAGGAGGAGAUCUUCGGUCCCGUGGUGGUGAUCUCUGGGUUCUUGGAGGAAAACGAGGUCUGUUCACGCAAAAUCUGCAGCCGGGUUGCGGGUGGCGGGCGCCAUUACAAGUGGAACAGUGUGCAUUAA